CAGCAGGGCAGCCUUGCAAGGGCCCAACAUCGCAUCUUUCAUCACAUCACGCAGCCGGCCUUCUUGACGAUCGACUUGCUUCUCAAAUACCCUCUUGGUCCCCGAUCCUCUAGACAUUUUUUUUUGGGUUUCAAGUCUUUAAUUUCGUUAUUUCUAGCACUACGAGAAGAAUCACAACGCUCGAUAAUCAACAUCCCGCGCGGCGCGUCGCGUCGCACACCCCCGCCCAUCAUGGAUCUCGACAUUGAAAUGGACGUCGACGACGUCCAGGACAUGCCGGUUCCUGCGAUUCCUGCGGCAUACACCGAAGAUGUGGUUGCCGAAGACGAACAGGAACCCGGAGAGGUCGAGGAGGGGCCCAACGGGGGGGACAAUGGCGACGCCUCAGACAAGGCCAAGGCGCCGGUGCCGUACAAGGUGCACAUCAAGGGGCUGGACACAUUCAAUCCAGACGACGUCAAGGGCUAUCUAGCAGAGCACUACAGCACGAGCGAACUCAACCGCGUCGAGUGGAUUGACGACACAUGUGCCAACUAUAUUUUCAAGUCCGAUCGCAUAGCACAGGAAGCCCUCGUUGCGCUCGCGGCAGUGGAAAUUGCCGACGUGACGCAGCUGCCCCCGCUCGAGAACAUACCCGCUAAGAGCUAUUCGCAAAAGCCCGAGUGCAGCUUGCUCGUUCGAUUUGCUGUGGAAGGAGACAAGAAAGUGGCCGGGGCUGCGGAGCGCAGCCGGUUCUACCUGCUCCACCCGGAGUACGACCCCGGGGAGCGCCGGCGGCGGGGUGAGCUCGGCCGGGGAAGAUACCGAGAUCGGGACGACCGCUACCGAAGGGACAGAAGGAACGACAGGCGGAGGGAUUCCAGAGACGAGGAAGAGCCCGAGUCGUUCGACGUCAACCUCUACGACGAUGACGAAUCGGCGCUGGCGACACGGGCCCGGAGACGCUCGCGCCCGAGGCGUCGCUCCAUGUCUCGCUCUUCCGAUACCAGGGGGGCUGCUCAGCGAAAUCGGGACAAGGAGCUCUUCCCCGACAAGCUAUCAGGGAGUUUGGGGCGCAGUUUGCGUGACCGGUCCGCCUCGCCGGUACGAGACCGCGACGGGGAUGCUGAGAUGGAUCUGGAUGAGGCCGCGCGGGCAGCUGCAGCGAUGCGCAGCCGGGAAAGGGGGCGCUCGAUAAAAGAGCGCCUGUCGCGCGACAACAGUACCAAGGAGUUGUUCCCGUCUAAGGAGAUCAACAGGAAGAAAGAGCUGUUUCCUUCCAAGGUCAACUCAUCGGGUGGCGGCGGUACGGCGCAGAUGGAUAAGGUCAACGACACGACGGUGUUGACGACUGCAAGUCUUGCAGACCGGAUUACCGCACCAAGCGCGGGCGGCUUUAGCAUACGCGGCAUGGCAAACAAGCGCAGCGAUGACCAGGGCAUAGCCAUCAAAGGCACCGGACCAACGGUUAGGGAACUGUUUCCCGAGAAAUUUGGCACCAACGCCGGCAAGGAACUGUUUGCCGAAAAACUCGAGGGGAGGGGCAAGCGAAGACAAAAAGCGGAGGACAUGUUCACCUAGCUGUAAAGAGAGUGGUGUUGGAGGUGGGGGGG